UAGAUUGGAUCGAUUUUCAAGAUAAUGUCCUGUCUUUUCCAUUCAAAUCCCACGUUGUCAUGCUUUAAUUAAACAUGCAGGUGCAUGAUUGUGGAUGAGUAUCAUUUUAAGUGACAAGGUGUUAGUCGUGUGCAAUAGCUGCCAAGAUCCGUCAUGAGUCCGAGUGCUGACCUUUGGAACCAGCCUCAGGUCGGGCAAAGCGCGACACCAAUAAAUCAUUAACUGCACUUCAAGAUCUUGAAUAUCCACACACACAGAAAACAUGAAUCACAAGAGUAUUGUUUUGUUAAAGAAGAUGCAUCGCCGUUAUAUCUUUGAGGAGUUAGACAUUUAAAAGAAGGGGGUUAUGUUUUCCUUUCUUGCGUCGCUCCUUCCGACGUCCUACUUGACGGGGUGGUGGACUUUAAACGUUAAUCUACUUUGCAGUUUGCUUCAAGGUCUGAUUGGUGCAUGUGGAAUCUCAGUGCUGCGCUCCCUACUGAGAGUACAUUUAUAUGUUCAGGACGUAAGUUGGAGCGGUAACGAUGCAUCUCACCAAAAGGUCUCUCAGAGGGGGACUAAACGUGGACUGGCGGGGGUGCUCCUGUUCUUCUUGGUGGUGGGGACGUUGGCCUUUGUAGGUCCCCGUGUGGCCUCUCUGGUGGUCCUAGAGUUCUGUCUUCGAGCUGUCUCCGGCUGGGUUACACAGGGUCAAAAGUCCUCCUCACAGCUCCAGCACCUCUUGGUCCAAAGCCAGUUCUCCCUGGGCUGCGGCCUCACCUGCAGUCUCCACUUCCUCCACAAGGGGUCGCCGCAGCGCUGGCUGUGUCUGCUGCUGGCUGCUGCCCUCAGCGGCUUUUUGGCCAGGCAGGUUUCGGCCUUGCUGCACCACGUUGCAGCUCUCUACAAACUGCACAGCUCGCAGCGAUACUGCGGCGUUUGCAUCAGCCUGCUGACCUGUGGCCCAGGGCUGCUGCUGCCCACCUUGCGCAGGAUGCUGCUUGUUGCCUUUGCCGUGGCUGUUAUGGCGGCCGUGUCCAUCAUCAAUCAGCACUUCCUGUCUGCAACCGAGGCGCUCAGGUUUUGGACACCUCUGACCAUCUGCUAUACUCUGCUGGUGGUCUACAUGCAGGAAGAGCAUCACAGUCUCCCGCCGAGCCAGGCAGUCCUGAACGCGGUAAUGGUGCGCCUCGGCGGUCUGAUGGUCCUGAUGCUGACUGUUGGACGCUGGGCUGACGUGCUCCACAUCCUGGUGUGUUUCCUGGGCGAGGCCAGCUGCCUCAUCCCCACACGGGAUCUGCUGGAUGCAGCCUUGCAAGUGGAAGAAGAUCCUCCGAGACCUGCUGAAAAACGGCAGAGACUACGACCAAGCGCACAAGAGGAGCAUCAGACGUAAUCUUUGCAUUUCCUUUUUUUUGUAGCAACUUAAGUGUUACCAAACAUGUGUUGCACUUGGACAAUAUUUCCUCAAAUAUGUCAUCCCAGUGGUUCUCUAACUUUUUUUUCACCAAGAACCACCUCAGGAAAAAAAAUGUGUCUCUCCAAUAACCAACAUUAAAAAUACCGUAGCGUAGUAGGCCUAGGUAUUCAUUAAAAAGAAGACAGAGGUUUUAUUUAACAAGUAUAUUUAACCGUAUGAUUUUUUUUAGCGGCUCUCUUGGCUCAACAAUGGUUAAAAACACUUUUAUAUGACCACACUGGGGUUUUCAGAAAUCUGCUGCAAAAAUAGUUGUCGCUCCUUAGUUUCGAAGUACCAGUAGAGUGGAAAAACAUGUUGCCUAUGUAUUGAAGUUAUUAUCGCAUAUAUCUGAUUUAUGACACCAAAAAUACUUCUAAAGUUUGCGAUUUAAUAGAUAUGCUCAUGUGGAGGAGGGGCGUGGCCUGCUGUCCUGCAGCGAAACUAGGUGUGCCAGGACCGGCUUCGAGAUCAGCGACAGGUGAGCUGGCCCUCUUGGGCCUGCUUAUCCAGUCACCUGUCGCUGUGUUAGAGUUGGAGCAUGAGCGAGAGGGAGACUGACACACACAAAAGACUAUUGCUGAAAAGCACAACACAGACUAUUAUUGAAAAAUAAAUAAAUCAAUCAA